AUGGGCACCACCACCACCAGCGCUGAACCAACUCCACCUCCGCGGCUCCGUGAUGCUAUAAAAGUGGAGCCGAGCACGGAAGACGAACGUGGGCAGCAGCUGCCUCGUCACCAAGACGUCGCUUCUUCACCAUCCGCGUUGAACUUUCUCGCGCUGUGGCGACCUUUCACAGUGCCAUCGUCUCGACACGCUUCCGCGCUCGCCGGCGCGAAACAGUCUGAUGCGGUGAAAGGGGCACAGUCGCCUUCGUCUCCUACAACUCCUUCCGCCAAGGCUGUACCGACGCAUGUCAACGACCCCCGCCUCGGCACCCUGUUCAUCGGCUCGGUUGUGUUUGCGCCCUAUCGUGUUCGCAGUGAACGCCUGGUGCGCGGCGGCUCGUCGGUGUGUGUGAGCGGCGGCACCGCCAGUGGAUCCUCGGUCACCCCAGCAGCAACACACCAGCUGGUGCCUCCUCCCCCUCCCUAUCACUUGCAUUACGCGCUCGCCGAGGUGACGGGCAUUCAGAUGAUGGCCGGUACUGUCACUGUGUCGUUCCUCUUCACGGAUCCGGGCAUCGACGACGAAACUGUGUCGAUGUACGAAUGCGUGCCCUGCCCGCCAGUGUGUCUCUCACGGUGGCUUCGCGAGGAAAACAGCUCUGCUCCACCACGCUGCUCUCUGCUGGAGCGCGUGUUGGAGGUCACCCCGCAGGAGGGGCCGCUCCCGGUGAAUUACGUAUACCGGGCCCUCCAUGCGGGGUCCUCCACGCUCGCCUCUGCAUCGAGCUCAUCACCGUUGUUGGUGCAGCGGCAGCGGCAACAGGAGCGUUGCGUUGCGCGGCUCAGUCAACUCUACUGCCUCAGCGAUGACGACGAUGACCAGCAGUCGCCCUCCACGGUGACACGCUACUCCAGUGGCAUGGCACAAGGCAUGUUAACGCAAGACAUGGCUACGAGGCCUGUCGCACUCGAACCCACCCCCUCCCCGGCAGCCCGGCGACUCCACUCCUCUGCAGCUACUGACAACGUGGCUUUGACGCUCAACAGCACGGGGAUCGUGACUCUUACUACGUCGCCUGCCACCAUGUUCGCCCGCUACAUCGUCCCAACUAGCGUGCACGUCUUUUUCUCUGGCAUCUUCCAGCAGGUGAACACGUAUAUGGAGCUGCACUGCAGUCGUCACCGCCGCCGCUCUCUCGCGGAUCCCGCGACGGAGCUCCUCUCCUCUCAAACUCGGCGGCUUUCUCGCGGCGUCCCUGCGCCCCUUGUUCUUGUCAUCUUCGAUAACUACGCCACGCUGCGUCGCUUUCACGUCUUCAUGACGGUGCGCGGCCACGUCGUGCAGCUGCUCGACGGCACCCACGUGAGCAGCGCUCUCCCGUCGCCGCAAACGUCGCACGCGUUCGGGGCGCAGUGUAAGAUUUGGCUUUGCAUGUUGCGCGAUGACACCGGAGAAGAGAGUGUUGAGGAGAUGACGAAGCAGGUGGAUGGUUCCUUGAUCACGAGGCCCGAUGCUGGAGAAGGUAGCGCAGAGGCAGUGCAGGCAGUGGCCGUCAUGGAAACACAGAUUCGCCGCCUGCUCGCAGGUGCCCCACCUGUCGACGCGCUUGUUAGCUUCAAGGAGCACAUCAUGCAGCAGCAAGAAAACAUCACGGAGCGCAAUCAGUCGGCUACUCUGCAUCAGCACGUCACAGCAGAGGCAGUGCUGCAGCGACUUAUGCCGCACCUUGAGGCGCACCGCCUGGUGUUUGCUCUGCAAGACGUCCCGGCACCACCGCCGCGGUCAACUUCGGCUGGCAACAACGCAGCUGCUUCCUCUACAGAGAUAAUGCAGCCACCGCCAUCCGCGGGAGCCACCACGACCGUUGUCAAGGUGUCCGGUGCCGUCUUCGGCGACAACAAGGUCCUCGUCCCGUGCAGCCCCGACCAAUUGACCCUGCUCUCUACCGUGUUGGCGAGCACCCCGGUACCGGCGUGUGAGAAAACGAGUAAUGGCGGCAUUACUGAAAGAGACGGUGAAACCGCAGCGCAGCGCAAAGGCACCCCUACCACGAAGGCUACUCGGAAACGUCCGCGAGUGGUGGAGAUGGCAGACUCCUCGUCCGCAGCGGCUGCCACAAGAGCGCAGGCACUGACCCCAGCUCUGCUAGAGCGGAUUGCCCUCGGCAGCUUCACAGACACCGCGGCAGCGACCCUUUUCGAUGUCUUUGCAGACGCCACAGCGGUCGUGGAGAAGGGGCCUGUCCCCUCCUCCAUGGAUGUGUCCGCGGCCGCCGACGAUAAGCACCGCGGCAGCGGUGCUGGAAGAGGUCCCGCGGAAGUACUAGGGAGCAUCGAGGAACUUUACGAAAAGUGGUACGUCGACCCAUCGCGGUUUGGCGAAGCAUUCCCGGUGUUCGCUGCGGUGUACGCACUGGUGGCGGAUGUCUUCGCUAGCGUGAGUCGCUUCCGAUCCGGCAGACCACGUAGCGGCAGUGGGUGGGACCCCGGCAUCGGCAACGAUGAGCCGCGGCGGCUCUCCACCGAGUCACUGGAGUCUGACCCAUCACUUGAGCAGGCUGCAGAGACGCACACCUCGGCGGUGGCGCAGAGGCGCCUAUUGCCACCGCCCCUUCCCAAUAAACUCCCUCGCAGAUGCCUCAGUACGCUCUUUGGCGCUCUACCCCGCGUCGCCCUAGUGCUCCCGCGCGGCAACCCCACCCAUCACCCCAACCUCAGCACAAAGCAGUACCUGCGCACCCUCCGCGCCUUCUUUUCGCCCUGGGCGGUGCAUGAGAUCACCUCCCCGGGCCCUUCUGUGGCCGUCAGCUGCGCGGCGCCCAUCCUGUGGCACCAGCGCGGCGGCCUUCUUCUUCUUUUUUGCGACGAGCCCACCACGCAACUUGGCGCCUUGCAGGACGAGGCGGACGUGGUGAUUGCGUGUGGCAAAGCGGCGGCGGCGUGGGUAGCAGCGAAUAGUGCGACAAAGGCCAGCAGCGGGGACUGUGGCAAAGGUGCUGCCACUGGUCCGGUGCUGUUCGCCAUCAUCUCAGAGGCAGAGGUGGUGGCACCGGCAGACCAGCUCACCCACCUGUGGCUCCCCAUCACUCUUGCUUCACCGACCUGCACUAGAGAAGCCCACGAGUCUGCCCACACGUCAACUUCAGCAGAUGGGCUCAUGCGGUACGGUAAGUGGCCGGCAAUGUCUAACGAGGAGACGUCGCGCGCCGAGCUGGAGGAAAUGUGGAGGCUCCUCGUUGCUACCGUAAGCGCAGAUGGGAGCGUCGACGUGUCUGCACGUCCGUCACCACCACUGGAGCAAGACCAACAACGAGGCGAGACACUGCGCUGUCCCGGUGCGGCUGGCCGCCGACUUCACCAAGCAGAAGUACUACCCAGAACUCUGCGGCAAGCCGUAGUUCUCUGGCGCCACCUCCAGACCGCAGAAGCCACCAUGAGUGGUAGGCAACCCCAAAGUUGUGCGUCACCAUCCGAGUUCGAUAAUGAAGGGCCGUGGGCCGUGCUGCAGGCAGUCGUGAAAGAGAUGGCGCUGAGUUGCGUCACGGCAACCCCAGUCCGCAUGACCGACGUGACACUCAUACGCAGCAGUGGUGACAGCGUGUGA